AGGGGGAGAGCGGCGGCGCUCGGUGCGGGGACGCCCCGGCUGCGGGAAGAAUCGGGAGCAAAUCCCUCUCCGGCGAAUCCAUCCCUGCGCUUGGAGCCGCCCGCCAUCCCCGCCAUCCCCGCCAUCCAGGGGAACAAUGAGCGGCGCGGCCGGCGGCGGCGGCUGUAGUGAGGGCUCCCGGCCGGCGGCUGAGGCGGGAACACAAGCGCCCGACGGCGACUCGCUCUUCAUCAGGAACGCGUCGUUCGGGCGGAGCUCGGCCCCGGGGUUGGGGCCUGGGUCGGGGUUGGGGCCUGGGUCGGGGUUGGGGCCUGGGUCGGGGUUGGGGCCUGGGGCGGGGUUGGGGCCUGGGUCUGGGUUGGGGCCUGUGUCGGGGUUGGGGCCUGGGUCUGGCGCCAAGACGCGGCCGGUGCUGGCGACGACGACGACGGGCGGGGAGGGGGAGGGCGAGGCGGUGGCGGGAGAACCGUCCGUCUGUACCAGCGCCUCAGCCCCGCCGUCGCCUCCUCCCUCCCGCCGCCGCCGCACGCUGCUCUACCGCGGCCUGUGCCUGCUGCUGCUGCUCGCCCAGGGCGGCCUACUCGACUUCUACCUGAUCGUCUUCACCGACCUGUACUGGUGCUCGUGGAUCGCCACCGACCUGGUGGUGACGGCCGGGUGGCUCGUCCUCUUCGUCAAGCGCGGGGGCCCGGGAGCUGCCGGCGGCCGCUUCGCCUUCGCCUACCUGGCCUGGCUCAUCUAUGUGAUCGCCUGUACUCCCAAAGUGGUGCUGAUCCUGCAGACGUCCAUCCUCGACCUGAUCGAGCUGCAGGUUCCCCUGGGCACCACCGGCUUCAAGAUAGUGGUGAUGUCGACCGUGCCCUUGCUCUACACGCUGCUCAACUCGGUGAGCAUGGACUCGGGCGGCGGCGGGUGCUGCCAGAGGGCCCAACACUACUACAGCCGCACCUGCCUCGACCUCCUCGACAGCUUCACGCUGAUGGAGCUGCUGCUGGCCGGACAGAUCCCCAGCGCGCUGCUCAAGUACACGGUCACCGCCGUCUACCUGCUCUCCUUCUCCAUCCCCGUGCUCUGGCUCUACGAACUCAACUCGCUGCAGCUGGAUUACAAGUGCGUCGUGUUCCGCUUCCUCUCCAGCGCCGCCGUCAAUGCCCCUCUCCUGGCGGUCAGGUGCUUUCUGGUCUUCAUUUACGACCAGCAGGUCUCGGUGUUCCUGUUCAAGAAUGUCUUCUGGCUGUGCUGUGAUUGCGCCGAGGUGCUGGAGAGGUGCUGCCUGGUGCGGCGGGUCCACAGGUACUCCAGCCCCCCCGGGCACUUCACACAGUGCGUCUCGGACAAUGAGAUGUGCAGCCACGGGUAUGUCAACACCCUGGCCGUGGCCGUACAAUCCUAACGGCGGCAGCUCACCCUUCAACCCGCCCGGGAGGGAAGGGAGUUAUCGUCACGUUUUAAACUCUUUUUUUGUAAGUUCUUUUGUACCUGUAACGAGGAUUGUGUUUUGAGUGUUAGUAGUGCCAGUUCCUAUUGGGUCUUGUAUUCGCUUCAGCACCAGUUGUCGGUGGAAAACGCAUUAUCUGAAUCAGCUCAGCCGAUCCCUGGUACUUUCGUUUGGAUUCGAUUUUUUGAUACAUUUUGUUGUGCAUCUAAGAGGCCAGAGCGUCCAGUCCAACAAGCACAACGCGAAAGGCAGCUUCCUAACUACUGCAUAGCAAAGAACUGCAGAUGCUGGUUUAAUUCGAAGGUAGACACAUAAUGCUCGAGUAACUCAGCGGGACAGGCAACAUCUCUGGAGCGAAGGAAUGGGUGACGUUUCGGGUCUGAAGAAGGGUCUCGGCUCGAAACGUCACAAAUUUUUGUUCGCCAGAGAUGCUGCCUGUCCCGCUGAGUUAAGCCAGCAUUUUGUGUCUUACCUUCCCAAGUACUGUUCCACACUUCACUUAAACAGCGCCCAGCAAUCCAACGACUAGGGCCUGGCUCCGAAAUUGAAGGCGUGCGUUUCAUUCAUGUGCUGAUCAACCCGAAUUUGAUAGGUUGCUGUUUCUGCUGGAUUUAUUUGUGGGAUUUUCGUAUGCAUUUGACACCAUAAAUCGGCAGAGCUCGAGUCCAAAUAGGAAAUAGGACCCGUAAUUAUAGGGAUAAUGACAGAUAAAUCAUUGAUCAGCUUCGUUGCGCUUGUUUUGGUAAAUUUGGUUUGCACUCAUUGGACCCAAUACGAUGCAAUACCAUUUCAAGAGUUCAAGCAAUUAAGAGUAAAGGCAGCAACUCUACCACUACGCCCACCCACCCAAAGGGUAUUUACCGUCGCAGUGAGGAGAAAGGCGAACGUAUACUGAUUCUGUCGAAUGCUGACUAAUUGGUGGAUCUGCUCUACAUUUUAAGAUGUUGGGUGCAAUUUUAACUGGAGUAUUAGUCUGCGAAGAAUUCUUUCUAAACAAAAAAAAAAUCAUGAAAACCAGGCAGUAUUGUGCUUUUACAACAUACAACGUUCACUUCAAUUUAAUAAUUUUACAUUUACCAAAUGAGCACUAAGAAAGAAAAUGUGAAAAAAACGCCUUACAUAAUUUAACAGAGCAAUUUGGAAUCAUAUUUUAAAUAGCCUAAUUAUAAUUAUCUGUGAUUGUAGAGUUUUUGUAUUGAUGUCGGAAUAAUUUGUUUGGAAGAAAGUCUAUUUAUAUUUGUACAGUGUUUUGCAAUUAGUAUUAAAUGUUCACAGAAUUGUGCAUUGUCCUUUUAAAAUGUAAAUAAAUUGUUGUUUU